AUGCUGAAAUGGUCACUUUGGUGGGCAUUAGCGAGCUGCGGGUACUUUCAGGUGGGCAACUAUGUUCAAACUCUUUGGGGAACACUUAUCAAGCCAGAUUCGUCGGACGUUUUCAACGGACUCACUGAGGCUUUGUGUCCACUUGUAUGUAUGUAUUUCAGACAAUACCUACGAAAAUACAAACAAAUCAUGACUGUUAGCUUCCACUGA